CCACCUGAGCAAAUGUGUGAGAGGCCAAGACGACGGAAGCUCAUGGUAACAUCUCGUUUCGACACUGUCGCUUUGGAAUCUCGGAUGACUCAGAUGCUUCCUGGCUGCACGCCAACCAAAUCGUUUUUAUACAGUCACAAUCGGCUAUAAGAUUCUUGCGUCUGGAGGGACUUUCGUUAAGAAGAGGAAAUUAGUUGGGAAGCUCCAGACUGGGAGCAAAGUUAGUACCAAAACGCGGCUCGAAACGUAUCGUGACCUGCUUGUCAAAGCGUAUCCGCUAUAUAAACGUUAGGUAGAGUCUGCUCGGAAACAAUGGCGACGGAUGAUCGCGAAUGCAUUGUUCGACCAGCGAAAAACAUAGAUGAAGCGGCCAGGUUAUGGUGGCCGUUCAUGCAGGUCCUCGGCUGGAACAGGGCAGAGAAAGACAUCAUCACGCACUACGCCGCGGCCACGCGUCACAUUGGCCCCGCGGGCUGGCUACACGUUGCCAGCAAGUCCAGGCCAGACGAGGCACAAGGCUGCGUCGUGGCCUUCGUUUUCGACAACAAGACCGGCUGGGUUGGUUUCUUUUGCGUAAAAGAGCCUGUCCGAGGACUGGGAUGGGGCUCGGCGUUGUUCAAACGGCUGCUCGAGGAGUUCACGAAGGCGGGCGUCGAAUAUGUGGGUCUUGAUGGGGUGGAAGAGCAAGUCAAGACGUAUGAACGAAGGGGAUUCGUGGACACGGCGCUGGUGCGGCUGAUGACGCGGAAGGGGGUCAUGGAAGUGCCUUUGGCCGAUGGGUUCGCGCACGCGAGCGGCCACGAAAGACUGGUGCCGCUUGAAGACAUACCGACCGAGGUCUUGGUCGCAAGCGACCUGUCAAUCACGGGUUUCGAGCGAAGCACUACGUGGUCCAAAGAGGCGCUGUUCGACCGCGACGACGCGUGGGGUCUGGCGCUGAUCAGGGAAGGGGUCAAAGAGGAUCUCGAGGGCUGGAUUCUGGUGCGAAGCUGCGAACACGGCUUUCGGUUUGGGCCGCUGUACGCGCAGACGAAGCAGGACGCAAGGUUUCUGCUGCAUCAGGCCAUGUACAGACUGCAGGGGAGCAAGGGCGAUUACAUCGCGGAGGUGUGGCCUCAGAAUCCGGCAGCUGUCGAGGUGUUCGAGGAGCUUGGCUGGGCGUGGUGUAAGAUCGACUAUCACAGGAUGUGGUUGAAUGGGAACGUUCCUGCCGCACAGCUGGCCGGCGGGAAGGCGGAGAAGGAGAUGUUUGCCAUCUUCGACGCCGCGCAGAGCUGAAGGACGUUCAAGUGCGCUGUGCCGAGUUUGUGCGUCUUAACCUAGCCUGUUGGCUCGCCGACUACGUGUCCAUUUUUUUUUUCCAUUCUUUGGAGAUCGUGAAGGUCACAAGCCAAGGGGUUUGAAUCAAGAUGAAGAGAUGAAAAGAAUGGAUCAUGUAGUUGAAACAGACAUUGACUAUGUGUCAAGCUUGAAUAUAGUACAGUCAGUGCUAAAAGUGAAGAGCCACGCCAAUGAUAAUGAUGAUGAUGAUGAUGAUGCUGAUGGC